GAUAAUUGACGGCAACAACAUUUACGGAACUUCAAAAGAGAAUGAACAGAAGCUUCGUGCUUUUGCUGGUGGACGCAUGAAGACGUCGACCAUCAACGGGGAAGACUUUCUGCCGACUAAUGCCAAUGACACUGGCUGUCAGCUGCCGAAGAACUCGGAGAGAAAGUGCUUCAUGGCGGGUGAUGGCCGUGUAAAUGAGGUGCUUGAUCUGUCUGUCAUUCACAAUGUGUUUCUGAGAGAGCACAAUCGUAUUGCAGGCGAUUUGCUGCGGCUCAAUCCGCAGUGGAAUGACGAACUGACGUACCAGGAAACGAAGAGAAUAGUCAUCGCUGAGAUGCAACAUAUCAUCUACAAUGAGUUCCUUCCGCUACUCCUUGGCCCCAAAGCGUACAACCAUUUUGAAUUGGGUCUUGUCAACGAUUUCACAGACACAUACAAUCCCAAUGUUGAUCCAACAAUACUGAAUGAGUUUGCAACUGCAGCCUAUCGAUUGCACUCGCUUGUUGCUGGAACUCUGAACAUUCGCAACUCACGCAACCGUCUUGUUGGCAAAGUAGCCUUGCGUGACCAGUUUAAUAAUCCAGGCAUUCUUUAUGAGCGUGGUGGGUUUGAGAUGCGAAUCGAUGGACUUACGGGUCAAACAAUUCAAAAGUUCGAUAACUUUUUUAGCCGUGAAUUGACAAACCAUCUUUUUCAAAUUCCUGGCAAACGUUUUGGCCUUGAUUUGGUUGCAUUGAACAUUCAACGUGGACGAGACCAUGGCAUUCCCGGCUACGUUAAAUACCGUGAUCUGUGCGGCCUCUCACCGGUGAAGUCAUUUGCCGAUCUGAAGCGAAUCUUCUCCAAUUACCAGGUGCCCGAUGUGAUGUCGCAGCUGUACCGAUCAGUGGACGACAUUGACCUGUUCAUUGGUGGCACCUCGGAGAAGGCAAUGCCUGGCGCCGUUGUCGGUCCGACCUUUGCCUGCAUCAUCGGUGAGCAGUUUAAGCGCAUCAAGGAGGGAGACCGCUUCUGGUAUGAGAACGGCGGACAAACGGGCUCAUUCACGCCCCGACAAUUGGCGGAGAUUAAGAAAAGCAGCAUGGCAAGAGUUUUCUGUGAUAACAGCGCUAUUGGAGAAAUGCAACCAAAUGCUUUUCUUGUGGCAGGGCAGUACAAUCCAAAACUAAACUGCGAAGGCUACGAUAUUCCUCGUGUCAGUUUGAAACCAUGGGCAAACUACCGAUAG